UAGGUUCCUCCUCCUCUCACACGGUCUGUCUUCUUCUCCCUUGUGGUUAGAUUUAGAUAUUUAGGGCUUUGAAGCUAACUAAAAUCGAGCAAAAAUAUGGAGAUAGCGGAGCGUAGGGAUGAGGAGAUCAGAGAAUCUGGAAACAUGGAGAACAUAAAGUCCGACUCUUUUUCCGAUGAACGCUACUCUCGCGACCUCAAAGCUGGUCUCCAUCCUCUACGGUACAAGUUUGCGAUUUGGUACACACGUCGUACACCAGGCGUCAGGAGCCAAACAUCUUAUGAGGAUAACAUUAAGAAGAUUGUUGAUUUCAGCACGGUGGAAGGAUUUUGGGCAUGCUACUGUCACCUAGCUCGUUCUUCUCUCUUGCCUAGUCCUACUGAUCUUCAUUUCUUCAAGGAUGGCAUUCGCCCCUUGUGGGAGGAUUCUGCUAACUGCAAUGGAGGAAAGUGGAUCGUACGUUUCUCCAAAGUUGUAUCUGCUCGCUUCUGGGAGGAUCUGCUUCUUGCCUUGGUAGGGGACCAGCUUGAUGAUGCUGACAAUAUCUGUGGGGCAGUACUGAGCGUCCGCUUCAACGAGGACAUUAUUAGUGUAUGGAAUCGCAAUGCUUCUGAUCAUCAGGCAGUGAUGGGUUUGAGAGACUCAAUCAAGCGGCAUUUGAAGCUGCCUCAUGCUUAUGUUAUGGAAUACAAACCCCACGAUGCUUCUCUCCGCGACAACUCCUCCUACAGGAACACAUGGAUGAGAGGAUAGAAGUAGACCAUUGUGUAACGUGAUGUGGAGAAAGAUUUGGGUAGCUCUCUUGCAACCUUGGAAGAAGAUGUAUGGACUGAAACCCUGUUUCCUGUAGCACACUUUAUCAACAUUAUAUUUUUCCAAUUACACUUUCAGACACUUGUGAAUGGAGACACACAUUGUUUAUGUGCGUUGUCUUUAGUACCCUCACUUUACUACAUUUAUUUUUUAGUUCUAGUUCUCUUCCAACAAGUGCAAUCUGUCAAAUUUGUAAAAUAAUAAUUUAUCUCUUAACUUUU